AGGCGUUUCUGGUUUUGACUUUUAUUUUUAAUUAUGCUUCAAAAUCGCUUCCAUAGACAGGAUCCAAUUACCACGACACACAAAGAACUAGCCAUCAAUCAAACUGUGUCUGAUUGAUGGUUCCUGGUAGCCUUUUAUUUUAGGGACAUACCGGCUGUGUGUCUCUCAUUCAGACUCAAUUUUUCCUGUUUAAUUCCUGUAAUUCUUUUCUGGAAAAUGCAUGUCCUCUUAAUUUAUACAUUAUACCUCUCUUGUUUUAGGCAAAAACGGAAUUUUCUUUGACUACUUUGGUCUUCAUGUUAGAGAAGGAAGCAUUUUCUUUAAUGUGGAAUUGUGGGACAUAGCAAACCCUGCUAAACCUGAUCUGACAGUGCUCCACAUUCUGUUGCUACUGCUUUCCACAAAAGUCUGAAAUGCUCCAUGUGAAACUGAAGCUUGGUUGAGAGUUUCAUCUGCAGUCACAAAGUACUUUUACAUGUGUAAAUGGAAUAUAAAAACUAGCCCCACAGGUCCACAAUGGGCAAACAUUGGAGCAAGAUUUUGAUAAAUAUCUUUGUGUGCAAAUGUACACACUUGUUUUCCAACGGGGGAAACCAGUCUAUUUCAUUCUAUUUCUAUCAGGUCAAAUCAGGUGACUAGUCCAGCUGAUUGAAGGCUGAAUAAUGUUGUCAUAGGUUUUGGUUAGGAGCUUUAGACGAACAUAUUGACAUUACAUGGACGACUCUCUAGAUACCCUCUAUCUGUGAGACUUAUUUUGAAAGGCCCCACAGGAAGUGUAGGGUUCAUCUUUCAGCUGCUCUCAGUCAAGAGACCCCCCCCCCCCCUCCUUGUGCUGUCGGCAGACAGACAGUCAUUGCAACAUUAAGUCUUCAUCUUCAGUCCAAACGGAUCACACAUCUGCGAGCAUUCAUGGCAAAAUGGGGGGAAGGAGAUCCUCGCUGGAUUGUUGAGGAGAGAGCUGAUGCAACAAAUGUCAACAACUGGCACUGGACAGAAAGGGAUGUCUCUGCCUGGUCUUCAGAUCGCCUACGUCAGCUCCUGCUCAGCAUUCGGGUGGAGGGACCUGAAGGAGUCUGCCUGAUGACUGAGGUCAGCAAGUUAGAUGGAGAAGCCUCCAUCAACAACCGCAAAGGAAAACUCUUCUUCUUCUACGAGUGGCAGCUGAAGGCCAGCUGGCUGGGAACAUCAGUUGGUGGAGUGAAGUACAGAGGUACUGUAGAGGUCUCCAACCUGUCCGACGAGAACGAUGAAGAUGACCUGGAUAUCAAUGUGUCUCUGUGUAAGGAUCAGCCCAACACACCACUCCUUGACCUCAUGAAAAGGACAGGGGUUAAAGAGGUCCGCAGAGUUCUGACCAAGUACGUUCAGGACCUUAAAUCAGAGUUUAGUCAGGGGAUGAUUCUUCCAACUGCUGAUGGGAAAGAUCCAUCAGUUCCUGCAAAAGCCAAGCGGAACUUUGUCAAAACCAGAACUCAGAUUACCCCAUCUCAAAAGAGCUUGUCCAGCCCGACCCAAACUUCCACAGGAGUCCUUAUCCCAACCUGUGGGUUCAACCUUCAAGAAAGUUUCCGGACUUCUGCUGAAGAACUUUAUGAGACCUUUAUCAACCAAGAGUUUGUGCAAGUUUUUACAAGACUGCCGGCAGCUGUGGACAGCAGGAAAGGCGGGAAGUUCUGGCAUCUGGAUGGAAGUGUCCACGGAGAGUUCACAGAGCUGGUGCCCCACCAGCGCAUUCACAUGAAGUGGCGCUUCAGGACGUGGCCCAGUGAACACUUUGCUGCUGUCAGUCUGGAGCUGGAGGAUCAUGGAGAUGAGACGGAGCUGAGAAUGGAGUGCCGAGGGGUCCCUGCAGGCCAAGAGGGGUCCACCGAGGAGGGUUGGAAGCGCUUCUACUUUAAUGCUAUUAAGCAAGCCUUUGGAUACUGAGCCGUUGAUCCCUAUGGCUCGUCUGUCAGGCUCCCUAUCAGACUGUUCAGGGAAAUCAUGUUCAUCUUGUUGCUGAGCAGCAGGAUGAAGUGCUGCUCAGUCACUUCAUCACUGCUGAAGCACGUUGUUCACCUUUUGGGGUUGUCACAGUGACUCGGUCCGGAUACCCUUCCUGACCCAACCCUGUAUUUGGGUUGGGUCAGGGAGACCCAGACAGGCAGCAGGAUGAAGGCUCUUGCCUGAGGACCCACACUGGAUUUGUUUUUUGUUUUCUGCCAACUGAGCCAUCCAGCUGCUCAUCACCGUUAAAGCACAUUGAAUGUCAUUAGAUGGACACACAAUGACAUGCUCCACUCCUCAGUGUUUUCACUCCCCCUUCACUCACACACAUCUGGGAUCAACAGUCAAGCAGGUGUCAGACGCCAGGCACAAAUAUUUCAACAUUUCUGUACAUUUAUUUUUUCUACAAAUCCUUUCUUUUUUAAUAUCUAAGAAGUGUCGCUUGAACAUCUCAGAACAUCUCAGCAGAGGGUCCCUGCAUUUAAAAGGUGAAACCAGCAACCCUCUUCUCUGACUUAGUCUGCUUUAAAAGCGUGGAGUCUGAUUAAAAAAUGAUUAUCAGCUUCAUUUCUGGUUUCUGAAAGAAUGUUCUGGUGGGUUCUAACACACUGAAGACACACUGUGUAUGUGUACGUUUUUGUUUUCAAUUUACAUUCAAAUAUAACAUGAAAUAAACGCUUGAUUCAGAAUAAAAUCCGAUUAAAACCA